AUGGGAAAAGAUAGUAUACCUGUGAUUCUGAUAGUUCUUUCUCUACAGUGUUGGGAGCAGGUGAGAUGUUUGAACCAUUCGGAGGUAAACCUUCACAAGGAUUUAUUUUCGGACUAUAACCCAAAUGUUAUGCCACAAGAGAAUAAAUCAGUGCCGGUCAAUGUUACACUUGAUAUGUAUUUGAUGUCUAUAGACAAUAUUGACGAGAAAAGGCAAACUAUUACGAUCAAGGCUUUUCUGGAAAUAAAAUGGAAAGAUGCCUUUCUUACAUGGGAUCCCAUGAAAUACCCGGGAGUUUCUGGUAUCAGUGUCAAAAAUACUGAUAUAUGGAUUCCGGAUAUCGCAUUGCAGGACACGUUUGAUAAACUGACGGAACUAGGACAAAGUGGUGGAAAAGCUAAUGUGAAAAGUGAUGGUGAGGUAACUAUUUGGCCAUAUAACAUUUAUACAGUUGCAUGUAAAAUUUCGAUCGGAAAUUUUCCAUUUGAUAAACAAAAUUGUGUUUUCGACUUUCUUUCAUGGAGCCAUUCGACAUCUGAUCUUCUUUUAAAAAGCUCACAAAGGAAACCGGAUAUGACAUUUUUCAAAGAAAGCGGUGAGUGGAAUCUUGCAGGAAUUGAAGUGAAAUUGACCACAAAAGUAUACGUAAACGAUGCUUUUGAUCAUGUGAAAUUCUGCUUUGAACUGCAACGUAAAUCUCUAUAUCACGUUAUGAACGUUAUUGUACCAGUUCUGUGUAUUUCUAUGUUAAAUAUCAUAUCAUUUCUACUGCCAUCAGGAAGUGGUGAGAGGGUUACUUUUUCUAUAUCAAUAUUUCUCACACUGGCUGUUUUCUUGACCACUGUGAACAGUUCAAUGCCAGAAUCAUCAGAUGAAGUCGCCUCCUUUAGUAUUUAUGUAGGUCUGCAACUUCUCGGAAGUGCUUUCACUAUCUUGUUCACGAUUAUCUCCUUAAAUCUUUUUCACCAUGACAGAAGCCAUGCUAUACCGACAAUCUUGAAGGCUUUUGUAAAUGUUUGCCGCGUUACUGAAUCCAAUGAACACUACCAGAUUGAAACGGCUGUAACACACGAGAAUUCUGCUUGCUUGAAUGAUAUGACCGAUGAGAACAUUAAAGUUGGUGACAAGUGUCUACAUGUGACAUGGACAAUGGUGUCAAGAGCUGUUGAUAAACUGUGUCUUAUAUCUGCAAUCUGCUGGCACAUUAUUCUUGUGGCAAGUCUGAUGAUAAGCGUUCAGUAUUAG